GAUUAGAAGAACAGCGAGCGAUGAAACAAGCGAGGCGAGUGGGAUCAUACGAGCCUCCGCCCAGCAAGCUGCGGGAAGCAGGAAUUCCACAUAAACAACGGCUGAAGACAUGACGGAUAAUAUCGCAUUACAGCCCGUCAGACACAAAAAGAGACAAGACAAUAAGCAUAGAAACAGUUGCUGCUCCUGGUCGCGAUGUUGUGGGAUGGGGGAUUUCAAACCUCGGACCGUCUGGCUGGGUCACCCGGAGAAAAGAGACCAGAGAUACCCUCGCAAUGUCAUCAACAAUCAGAAGUACAACUUCUUCACAUUCCUCCCUGGGGUAUUGUUCAAUCAGUUCAAGUACUUCUUCAAUCUGUACUUCCUCCUACUGGCUUGCUCCCAGUUUGUCCCUGAAUUGAGACUGGGAGCGCUCUAUACGUACUGGGUUCCUCUGGGCUUUGUGCUGAUCAUCACAAUUGGGCGUGAGGCCGUGGAGGAGAUCCGAUGUUUCAUCAGGGACAAGGAAGUAAACUCCCAGAUCUACAGCAAGCUUUCUGCAAGAGGCACUGUGAAGGUCAAGAGCAGCGCUAUUCAAGUUGGAGAUCUGAUAAUUGUAGAAAAGAAUCAACGAGUUCCUGCUGAUAUGAUCUUUCUGAGGACGUCCGAAAGAAACGGGUCUUGUUUCUUGCGCACGGAUCAGCUGGACGGUGAGACUGACUGGAAGCUGAGGUUACCGGUGGCUUGCACUCAAAGGCUACCCACAGCAGCGGACCUUCUCCAGAUCCGCUCGUUUGUUUAUGCAGAGGAGCCAAAUAUCGACAUUCACAAUUUCAUUGGGACCUUCACCAGAGAGGAUGGGGACCCUCCAGUGAAUGAGAGCCUCAGUAUUGAGAACGCUCUGUGGGCCAGCACAGUGAUUGCCUCUGGUACGGUUGUGGGAGUGGUGAUUUACACAGGCAAGGAGCUGCGUAGUGUUAUGAACACGUCAAACCCCAGAAACAAGAUUGGCCUGUUUGACCUGGAAGUGAACUGCUUGACGAAGAUCCUGUUCGGCGCGCUGGUGGUGGUCUCUCUGGUCAUGGUGGCCCUGCAGCACUUUGCUGGACGUUGGUAUCUCCAGAUCCUUCGCUUCAUUCUCCUCUUCUCAAACAUUGUUCCCAUCAGUUUACGAGUGAACCUGGACAUGGGAAAGAUGGUCUACAGCUGGAUGAUCCGUCGGGAUUCCAAGAUUCCCGGGACCGUGGUGAAAGCCAGCACCAUUCCUGAGCAGCUGGGGAGGAUUUCCUAUCUCCUAACAGAUAAAACAGGGACCCUCACUCAGAACGAGAUGGUGUUUAGACGUCUCCACCUGGGGACUGUAGCCUAUGGAAUGGACUCAAUGGACGAGGUGCAAAGCCAUGUUUUCAGUGCGUACACACAGCCUUCACAUGAUCUGCCAGCUUCCAGAGCCCCGGCAGCUACGAAAGUGCGUAAAAGCAUCAGCAGCCGGGUUCACGAUGCGGUGAAAGCCAUUGCCCUGUGCCACAACGUCACCCCUGUGUACGAAUCCAAUGGGGUCACUGACCAGGCUGAAGCAGAGCAGCACUAUGAAGAUGCCUGCAGGGUCUACCAGGCCUCCAGCCCAGACGAGGUGGCCCUGGUACAGUGGACUGAGAGUGUGGGUCUAACACUUGUAGGCCGGGAUCAGGCCUCCAUGCAGCUGAGGACCCCUGGUGGCCAGAUUUUGAAUUUCACCAUCCUGCAGAUUUUCCCUUUCACUUAUGAAAGCAGGCGCAUGGGAGUUAUUGUCAGGGAUGACUCCAGCGGAGAGAUCGCUUUUUACAUGAAGGGGGCUGACGUUGUCAUGGCUGGCAUUGUCCAGUACAACGACUGGCUGGAAGAGGAGUGUGGCAACAUGGCGAGAGAAGGACUCAGAGUUUUGGUGGUGGCGAAGAAAUCUCUAUCUGAGGAGCAGUAUCAGGAUUUUGAGGCCCGGUAUGUUCAGGCCAAGCUGAGUGUGCACGACCGCUCUCUGAAGGUUGCCACGGUGAUCGAGAGCCUGGAGAUGGAGAUGGAGCUGCUGUGUCUUACUGGGGUGGAGGACCAGCUACAGACAGACGUGAGACCCACUCUGGAGAUACUGCGCAACGCUGGCAUCAAGGUAUGGAUGCUGACAGGGGACAAACUUGAAACGGCAACCUGUACUGCAAAGAAUGCUCAUCUUGUUACCAGGACCCAAGAUAUUCAUCUAUUCAGACAGGUGACCACGCGAGGUGAAGCCCAUUUGGAGCUGAAUGCCUUCCGAAGAAAGCAUGACUGUGCCCUGGUUAUAUCGGGUGACUCUCUAGAGAUUUGUCUGAAGUUCUACGAAUAUGAAUUCAUGGAACUGGCCUGUCAGUGCCCCACUGUGGUUUGCUGCCGCUGUGCCCCCACUCAGAAGGCCCAGAUUGUCAGACUGCUAAAGCAGCGCACUGGCAAGCUCACCUGUGCAGUCGGGGAUGGAGGAAAUGAUGUCAGUAUGAUCCAGGAAGCAGACUGUGGAGUUGGAGUGGAAGGCAAAGAAGGAAAGCAGGCGUCCUUGGCUGCUGAUUUUUCUGUCACUGAGUUCAAACACUUGGGCAGGUUGCUGAUGGUCCACGGGAGAAACAGCUACAAGAGGUCAGCCGCCCUCAGUCAGUUUGUGAUUCACAGGAGUCUCUGCAUCAGUACAAUGCAGGCUGUCUUUUCUUCAGUCUUCUACUUCGCCUCAAUUCCUCUGUACCAAGGUUUCCUCAUUAUAGGGUACUCCACUCUGUACACCAUGUUCCCAGUAUUCUCCCUGGUUUUAGACAAGGAUGUCAAGUCAGAGGUGGCCAUGUUGUAUCCUGAGCUCUACAAGGACCUUCUCAAGGGUCGUCCUCUUUCUUUCAAGACAUUUUUACUGUGGGUUCUAAUAAGCAUCUAUCAAGGCAGUAUUAUAAUGUAUGGAGCGCUGCUCCUGUUUGAGUCUGAGUUUGUCCACAUCGUUGCCAUCUCCUUCACCUCUCUGAUCCUCACGGAGCUGCUGAUGGUGGCUCUCACCAUCCAGACCUGGCACUGGCUCAUGAUCGUGGCAGAGCUGCUCAGCCUGGCCUGCUACGUCGCCUCCCUCGUCUUCUUGCACGAAUUCAUUGAUGUCUACUUUCUCGCCACAUUGUCGUUUCUCUGGAAGGUGACUGUCAUCACACUUGUGAGCUGUCUACCUCUUUACAUCCUGAAAUACCUGCGAAGAAGAUUCUCUCCUCCGAGCUACUCCAAGCUUACCUCAUAAACACUGACCCAGCACUGAGUUCUGAUUUUACGAGAAGGGAAAGCCCAUGGUCUUGUUGGAUCAGAUUUAACAUGUGAAAGCUGUGCUUGACUACUACCAACAGUGCUAUAAUAAUCAUGCAUUGGUGAUCUUCAAAGUGUGGUUUCAGAUUUACAGUAAAUGGAGCAGGAGGUGCAAACACACUACUGUAUGGCCCUGCUGCAUCAGAAUAAUGUAUGACAGCUAUAUGAUGUCUUGUGCAGUUUUAUACACGCCUGUGUGACCAAUGUAAUGCAUACAAAUAUGCUGUAAAUACAUUGUCAUGCUUCUGGUUAGCAUUCCCUUAUCACUGGUCCCAUCUCACUGAUCUGUUGUGAUUUACUUAAGUAUAUUUCUAUCUAUCUUGUAUGUUUAGAAGUGUUCAGUGGCUACCUCUCAUCCACUUAUGGAUAUUUCAAUAUUCAAUAUUUCUCGCACACUGUUCGCUGUCUGUCAUGCAACUUGAUUAGAGGCAGCCAGUGAACGUAUUUCAAAGCAUAUUUAUUACAAGUCAUUCAAUCUAAAUAAAAAACAGGAGAACCCCUGAUAUUAACAUACUUCAUCUGGGUUUUGUAUAGAAGCUGUUGGGGUUUAAACAUUUUCAACGCUUUGUGGUUGACAUAGUGAUAUUGUAAGUGGAGGUACUGCUCAUGGGGAUUUGACAGCCAAUAAGUGGCAAGAAAAUGGAUUUUAAAGCCUUGGUUAUCACCUAAAGAGCAGCUUGGUGUGGAGAUGAAUAUCGUGCUGUGUUCUGUUUUUUUGUUUUGAUUCCCUUUGUGUAUCAUUUCCGUUUCAGUCAUUGCAGCUCAGAAGUUUCAUUGUGUUUAGUCUUGGCCUCAGCAGAGCCCUCACACGUGCCUUCUCUCUAACUGUAACCAUUAACCAGCCUAGUUAAGACAGCUGGGACCCUACCAAGUUGCUCUUUAAGAGAUCUUUACAGCUGUCGCAUUCAAUACACUGAUGUACAGUAGGUUGGUCAGCUCAGCAGUACUUAGUUUACAUACAGAACAGAUUAAACGGAUCCCCUCUCUCCACACUAUGAAUUAUAUUGAAUGUGAUUGUCCAGGGGCCAGCAGAACCCGUUCCGCUGAAGAAUUGGUUGCUAUGUAGACAGACGAGCGUCAUGAUAUGUCACAAUUUAAUCUGAUUUUAAAACCAAAUGCUGGUGUAUUGCAUUAUGUAACAAACCUUAACACUAAACAAAGUAAUACAGUUGUCUAGUUCUGAAAAUUGGAAUGUCGGGGCAGAAGCUGCACAGUUUCCUGUGAUUUUAUUUAUUUAUUUAUUUAUUUUCUUCAGGCAGCCUGAAGCCUUCUUUCAUGAUGUAAGCACGGUUAAGCUAAAUGGUACAUGUCAUUUUAAUAUUUAUUUAUUUGUUUUGGUAUCGAUUUAUUUUAUGUUCCAUUAAUAACAAUACAGUUACAAGUAAACUGCUUGAAUUCAACUUGUUGUUCAUGAGUAACUGGAGCGUACUCAAUGCAUAUUUAUUUCAUAAGAAUUCAGUUGCUAAGUUAUUUCCAUAUAUUGCUUUUAGAUCAAAUAAAUUGCUAUUCCUUGUUUUACCUUGUAUGGAAUUUUCAAUAACAAUAAAGAGUGGUUCUUGA